AUGCCCCAGGCCAGUCUUCUCUCCUAUUUCUCCAAGCCAGUAACAUCUGGAUCUUCCCCCACAAGCAACGACACCGAUCGCAAGGUUGAGCGAUGUAGUCGGGAUGAGAGAGUCCCCGAUUCAGAGACGAGUACAACAGAGAUCCGGGGUCUUGGUAUCCUGGAAAAGCUACGGGGAAAGUCCUUCCAGGAACUGACAUGCAACAAUGCCGAACUCCUAUCAGGAGACACCAAUAUCAAUGUCAACGAAAAUAAGGACUCCUUGAAGCGAGAACCUGCCAGUGAACCCAAUGGUCGGCCUUGCCAUUUGCAGGUCUUUUCCCAAACGGAACUGGAAAUCCCCCAAUCCAUCACCAUCGCACAUCUCCCCAAUGCCUGCAUAGGCCCGGUCUUGGAACCGCACCUCCCAUCAAUCCAGCGCCUCACCAGCACGACCCUCCCCGUCCGCUACGGCGAUGCCUUCUUCACCUCCACCAUCAGCGACCCCAUAACGAACCAACUAUCCCGGGUCGUUCUCUACGCAUCCGAGCCUGUGGGCUGGAUCCGGUGCCGGUUGGAAUCAUGCCCGCCCCAGACCGAGGCGUCUCCAUCAAAACCGCCACUUUCCCAAAUCUACAUCCAAGCAUUGGCCUUGCUUUCGCCCUAUCGUCAUCUCGGACUGGCCACCAUGCUUCUCGACGCAGUGUUGGCAUCAUCCAUCGCGGAGGCCGAGGAGACCAUUUGUAUCUACGCGCACGUUUGGGAGAAGAACGAGGAUGCACUCGACUGGUACGCCAAACGCGGGUUCAAGCGCGUCAUGCUCAUCGAACGGUAUUAUAGAAGGCUGGUGCCUGGUGGAGCAUGGAUUGUGAGAAGAGAGCUGGAUUGA